GCGUCGCAAUUGUACACAACCUAAAUAACGAGUCGCUUUGAAUAGUUGAAUUAAAUUUCAAAUUUCUCUUUCCAUUUUUUUUUCUUUUUCUAAAUUUAUCUCUCGUAUUCCAAAUCCAAGUUUACAUACUUGAAUCAAAUUCCUUGAAGGAGCAGUUGCACAGAUUUUCCGAGUUAAAAAGAUUCUCUACAAGAUAUACUCUUGAGAGCCCAAGUUUUUCUUUUGCUGAACUUAAUUGUGGGAUUGGCUAGCAGAAGCAGGAAAUGGUGAAAAGGUAUGGAGUGUUUUCAAGCAUAUGAUUUAUCAUGUUCCAGUGUGUAGAGGGAUUCAUUACCUCCCUCCUGCGGUGUUUUGAUAUUGAUCUAUACAAAUCAAGAGGCCUUGAGGAUCCUGAGCUUCUUGCGAGGGAGACAGUCUUCAGUGUAAGUGAAAUAGAGGCAUUAUAUGAGCUCUUUAAGAAGAUCAGCAGUGCCGUGAUUGAUGAUGGGCUGAUCAAUAAGGAGGAGUUUCAAUUGGCGUUGUUCAAGACAAACAAAAAGGAGAGUUUGUUUGCAGAUAGGGUGUUUGACUUGUUUGAUACAAAACACAAUGGGAUACUAGGUUUUGAAGAGUUUGCCCGUGCCCUCUCCGUAUUUCAUCCAAAUGCCCCAAUUGAGGAGAAGAUUGAGUUUUCUUUCCAACUUUAUGAUCUAAAGCAGCAAGGUUUUAUUGAAAGACAGGAGGUGAAGCAAAUGGUAGUAGCUACUCUUGCUGAAUCUGGUAUGAACCUUUCAGAUGAUGUUAUAGAAAGUAUAAUUGACAAGACCUUUGAGGAAGCUGAUACAAAACAUGACGGGAAGAUUGACAAGGAAGAGUGGAGAAGCCUUGUUUUACGCCAUCCAUCCCUUUUGAAGAAUAUGACACUUCAAUACCUCAAGGACAUCACCACUACAUUCCCAAGCUUUGUCUUCCACUCACAAGUGGACGAUACCUGAAUUCAAGCCAUAAUAGACUUUGGUUUUUAUGGUUUGUUUCUCCACAUAAAAUGUGGUCUUCUCAUAUGUGAAGGGCGGGGGAGAGAGUGUCUAUAUUGUAUUUAUUUGUUCGUUUGAUUAUCUUUGAUUGUUUACAUUUUAUUUAUAUUGAAUGCCUGGACCAUCACUUUUCAAUA